AUGCGCGCUCCUUCGCUACAAAGCAUCUCGGAACUGCCCGCAACCUGUAUGCGACUUCUCAAGCGAGGUUCUCUGCCAUCAGGCCCCUCUGCCAAGAAGCCGUCAAGGUGGGUGACGAGAGAAGAUGUUGCAGCUAAUUCCCCCGAUGCGUAUGCGGUUCUGUCUCACCCCGAAACUAUCGGUCACCGCGCUGUGUCUGGCCCGUAUAUCCGAUUCCGGAACUUCGUUGCUAAAAAGGUCAUUGAAAUGCCCGGCACUGGGGUAGAGGUCAUUGAAGUGGCUUCCACUGCUUCGGCGGCCUUAGUUGGAGUAAUGGCUGUAGCAUUAAUGAGACACUGCUUUGAGAUGACACUUCAGUUUGUCAAGUCGGAUACGAGGAACGGCUCAGAGCCUAUCAUCAACAAGCAAAGCGCUGCUGACUUGCUGAUCAAGAUGAAAGUGCGCUGUGAAGCUGGUAGAACUUUGACUUGGAAAGCUUGCUCUGCCUUGGGGCGACUGCCUGAAGCGGCCGAAGCGGCGCAUCUAGCCAAGAUAUUUUGCUCCGAAAAUGCCGCAAAAUCUCAAUAUGGGGUGCUGCUCAAUGAUGUUGUGUGCCUGCCUAUAUUUGAUGAGGGCAAUAAAUGGAACCCUGCGAGUGCGGACGUCUUUCCCCGCACACGUUAUGAGCCUCACCAUCGUCUUCCGGCUGCCAUCAAAGCAGCCGGGUACGAUAUUAAAGAUGUCAAAGCAGUCAUUAUGGGGCAUUUACAUCUCGACCACGCCGGCGGCCUGGAACAUUUCCUCAACACGGAUGUCCCGAUUUACGUACACGAGGGAGAGUUCAAACAUGCUUGCUGGGGAGCAGGGACGAAGGCAGAAGGGGGUUCCUACCUUCCGGACUAUCUCCCACUAGACGGGUCCCUGAAUUGGCAAACCUUCAACGACUCGCAGUUAGAUCUGUGCACAGGAAUAACUCUGCAUCUAUGCCCGGGCCAUACGCCGGGUCUGUGUAUCAUGCAGGUCAACUUGCCGCAGGACGGAACAUUUAUCUGGACCACGGACCAGUUCCAUGUGCGGGAGAACUACGAAAAUAAUCAUGCGCAAGGAUGGUUGCUACGUGACCACAAGAGCUGGAUGGAUAGUACGAAUUUUGUCCGGCGGUUGCAGAGGCUAUACUCGGCUACACUCAUCUUUGGUCAUGACUUUGAGGUUGGGACCGCGUUGAUUCGGCAGAAGCCAUUUUACCAGUGA